AUGCCUCUCACUCGAGUGGCUGCGUGUCAUGUGGCGCCUCAUUUUCUCUCAGCAAAGAACACUCUCAGCAAAUCAAUUCACCUCAUUCACCAAGCGUCAAAGAACUCAGCAAAUUUAGUGGUGUUCCCCGAGACCUUUAUUUCGGCCUUUCCUGUGUGGAGUGCCCUGCGUCCACCAACCGAGAACCACGGUCUUUUCGAGCGUAUGACAAAAGAGUCAAUUUAUGUGGAUGGUGAGGAAGUUCAGCAGCUCAGGGACACUGCAAGGGACACCAACACCGUGAUAAGUAUUGGAAUCUCUGAAAGAUCGCGGUCAAGUACCGCAUGCCUAUACAAUUCCAAUCUCAUCAUCGGACCUACCGGUGAUAUCCUGGUACACCACCGCAAACUCAUGCCAACGUUCUUCGAAAAGCUCGUCUGGAGUCCUGGCGAUGGUCAUGGCCUCCGUGUGGCCGAGACCCCCUUUGGAAAGAUUGGAAACUUGAUUUGUGGCGAGAAUACGAACCCACUUGCAAGAUAUUCGCUGAUGGGUCAAGGUGAACAAAUUCAUAUUUCAUCUUGGCCACCAGUGUGGCCAACUCGAGCUCAAGCUGGAGUAGAGCCUCAAGCCGGCCAUGAAACUCCUGCAAACUACGACAAUAUUUGGGCUAAUCGUGUUCGUGCUGCUGCUCACUGUUUCGAAGCCAAAUGUUUUGGGGUCAUGUGCAGUGGGUUUCUCACUCAAAAUAUGAUUGAGGCCCUGGUAGAUGGGGCUAGCUCUCCUGCGAGUGUCCGCCAGACACUGGAAUCGACAUCUCAAGGAGUGACUAUGUUCUUGGACCCAGCCGGAGCCUCUCUUCCAUCAUUCGUCGUAGACGAGGCUGGUUCCCGAAAGCCCGUUGAGUUCCUCCAGAAAGAGGAGGAUAUCCUUUAUACAGAUAUGGAUCUUGACCGCUGCAUCGAGGGAAAGCAAUAUCACGAUGUGGUUGGUGGCUAUCAGCGACUGGACGUCUUCAAUUUGCAGGUCAAUCGAGCCAGAAGAGAUCCUGUCACGUUCGUCGAUGAUGCUUUUGUUAGGGAGUGA